CUUCUUGCUUCUUCUCCCCUUCUCCCACUUUACUCUCCCCUCGCCAUCUUUCGAAACCCCAAUCGUCUUUUCCAUCAACCAACAGCUCUCUAUCCCAUUUCAUACCCCGCUAUUCAAAAUCGAAAUGAUGAAGCUCUACCACGUUAGCCUGGUCCUUUUCGCUGGCCUAGGCUUCGUUGCUGGCCAGGGGAUGGACAGCCUUCCACCCUGCGCGAGGGACUGCGCCACCGGUUCUAUCCCCAAAACCUGCAAGGCUAUUGAUGUGAACUGCAUCUGCUCCGACACGUCCUUCAUCACUGGUAUUUCAUGCUGCGUUGCUUCUACGUGCUCGGCGGAGGAUCAGACCUCUGCUCUCAAUUUCGCACAGCAGAUCUGCGGUGGCGCCGGCGUAACUGAUCUCCCAAAAAGCGCUAGUUGCACAAAUGGAAACACCGCGAGUGCUACUUUGCAGACCACGGGCACAACGACUGGUGCUUCUGCGACUACUACCUCGACUGGUGCAGCUAACGGAACCCGCCUCGACUCAUCCAGCUCUGCCAGUGCGGCGAAUGCUACCAAAACGGGAAGCAACACUCAGUCUGUGAAAACGCAGGGCGCUACUGCAACUGAUAAGAAUGCCGCAAGUAAUGCGACUGCUAGCAGUGCGGCUGGUAUGAUCUUGGGAGAUAGCAGUGCUGGCCUUGCAGCAAUCCUCGGGGCAGCAUUUUAUGCAUUGCUUCUCUAGAGGGCACCGGAUAACGGGACACCUGAUGGUGCUACGAGUGAUGAUCAUUGAGAGCAAAAGUGGUUCUGUCCUAUCUUCAGGGCGGCAGAAUAGUGUCCUACAAAUAAUCGCCUUUCACGAAGGCUGGCUAAAUUGAACUGGACCGGUGCAGUUAACUGUAAUAUGCUUAUUAGUUUGUAUGAUAGGAUCGGAAUCAAGGUCACAGU